AUGGCUCCCACCAAACGAUCGAGGCGCGAUGCUGAACAAGACGACGAAAUUACAGAUAGAAAACGUGCCAGGGUCACUCUCGAUGACGAAAGAACGAUAGAACAACCUCCCCGGCGCGAGGAAACACCAAGCGACGAGAGCGACGACGACGACGAUGACCGCCGCCAACGCAACUCACCCCCUCGAACUCAGUAUGAAAUGAUGCGAGACGACGGCUUCAAGCAUCUUAAGCACGCCGACUGGGAUGACCAGCAAGCGACCCAGAAGUUGGCCCAGCGGAGUACUACUCUGGGCAACAACAUGGUGUCUGAAAGUGGUAUCAUUGAAAGCAUCACAUGCUUCAACUUCAUGUGCCACGAGCGACUACAUGUCGAUCUUGGCCCGCUCAUCAACUUCAUCGUAGGAGAGAAUGGUAGCGGGAAGAGUGCCGUCCUUACCGCCUUAACGCUUUGCCUAGGUGGUAAAGCCAGUGAUACCAAUCGAGGAGGAAGUCUCAAGUCAUUUGUGAAGGAAGGUACUGAACAUGGAAGCCUAGUCGUGAAGAUCAAGAACGCCGGCUCAGAUGCCUAUCAACCUGACAUAUACGGUGAAACUAUAAUUGUCGAACGCCAUUUCUCUAAAUCCGGUAGUAGUGGAUUCAAGAUCAAGAGCGCCAAUGGUCGAAUCAUAUCAACAAAGAAGCAAGAGGUUGAUGAGAUAUCCGAAUGGUAUGCACUGCAGAUUGGCAACCCUCUAACCGUUCUGUCACAAGACAACGCGCGUCAGUUUCUCAACGCCGCGACACCUGCCCAGAAGUACAAGUAUUUUGUAUCUGGUGUACAACUGGAACAACUAGACAACGAUUACAAGAUGUCGCAGGAUACACUUGAAAAGACAUCUCUGCUCAGGGACGACCUGGACUCAAAGAUUGAACAGGUUAAAAAAGAAAUGGAAGAAGCCAAACGUCUAUCCGAGACAGCACAAAAGAACAAGACAAUGCGCGAGAAAGCGCGGCACUACAGAAACCAGUUAGUUUGGUACCAGGUUGUGGAGCAGGAGCAGUCACUCGCCGAAUACGAAAAGGACCUCGUGAGACGGGCCCAAACAAUCAUCGAAAAGGAGCAGUAUUGUGAGAGCACGACAGAAGAGCUCAGGUUGACCGAAGAGAAGCUCGAACAACGCCGUCAAACGAAGGAAGAACUGGAGCAAGACAGAGGAUUCUAUGAAGAGAGCAUCGCCAAAGCAACGGAAGCACACCGGGAAGCAGCAAAGGACGAGUCUGAGUUGCUCAUGGAGGAACGAGACGCCCAUCAGCGUCUCAAAACAAUCAAAGACGACAUCAAGGCCUGCAAGUCCAAGAUUCAAGAGGAGGAACGCCGAUUGAGUCAGUCGACUGGAAACGCUAGAUCCGAGAAGGAUAACGAGCUUGAGCAGGCUCGGGAUAAGGAAUCUUUGUUGAGACAACAGAUGGAGGAGAUACACAACAAUCUUCCUGACCUCCAAACUCGGCUCAGCGACGCUGAACAUGAGUUAAAGAAGCUUUCGUACAGCAAAGACAUCAAACGUAAAGAUAUUGUUUCCAUCGAGCAACAAGUUCGUGAACUCAAAGCAACGACCGGAGGCCGGUUUGAUGGUUACGACAGAGACAUUCGUGAUGUGGUCAGUGCAAUCGAGAAUGAACAAGGAUGGGAACAGAAACCUGUCGGACCUAUUGGAGCUCAUAUUCGACUAUCAAAACCCGAGUGGUCAGGUAUCCUGGAGCGGACUCUCGGCGAAGGACUCAACGCAUUUGUCGUCAGGAGCAAGUCGGACCAAACAAGACUAUCCAACUUGAUGCGUCGGUUGCGCCUUAAGAAACAACCACCAAUCUAUAUUGCAUAUGGCGGCAAGAUCGACACAAGCAGUCAGGAGCCAGAUCCAGCCUUCGAUACCAUUCUCAGGGUUCUUCAAUUCGAUGAUGAUAUUGUCAGAUCCCAGCUCAUCAUUGGCAAUCAAAUCGAGAAGAUCAUUCUUAUUCGUGACCGAGAAGAGGCCCAGAAAGUUAUGGUCGAAGGCGUUCCUCCACGCAAUGUAGGGGCCUGUCUCUGUUUCCAUGAUGGACAAAAUAAGCGAGGAUGGGGUCUGAGGCUUACAAAUCGUAACGGCUCGAUGGCAACAAGUCCCGUCCAGCCAUAUACUAUGCGCCCCCGAAUGCAGACAGAUGCCGGCCAACAGGUUCGAAUUCAGGAGGACAAUCUCAAGCAUCUAGGCCUGGAGAUGGCCGAGAUCAACCGAAAGGAACGUCAAGCACAGCAGGCAGUUCAACGAUGCAGGACAGAGCUUGACAACCAACGCAAAGAUAACAGGAAGCUCGAAGGUGACCUUCGCCGAACACAAGCUGAUAUUGAGCGUGUCCAAAUGGAGCUGGAUGCGUUCGAAGGGGUUGAUGGCAGACUCAAUAUCCUCCGAGCCGAGCUGGAGUCAAGGCGAUCUGAUGAAGAAUCUCUUGGGAAUCAGUAUGGUGAAAUGGCACUAUCAAAGCGAGAUCUGAAAGCCAAAACCGAGAAGGCUCGCCUGAAGCUUGAAGAAGCCAGGAACAAUCAAGAGGAAUUUGAGGGCAAGGUUCAAAAAGCGUCCCAGAAAAUUGCCACUGCUGAGAACAUGAGGCGAGUUGCCGUAGCCAAGAAGAAUGAUGCUUUCGAACAGGUCGACAUUGAGAAAAACGAGAGGCGGCGUGUUGAGGAAAAGAGAGAGCAUAAGGCAAUAGAGGUGGCACAGUUCAUUGAGCAAGCGACAGAGGCAGUACCAGAGCGGGUGCACAUUCCGGAAGAUGAGACGUACGACAGUAUCGAGCAAAAGUACACCAAACUUAGAGAACAACUCAAACAACGAGAAGCGCGUAUUGGAGCUACGGAUGACCAAAUAUUUGACCGUUCUCGCGAAGCCGAAGACCGAUACGAAAGCGUUCAGAGGCAAACCAAGGACUUGGAUGAUACCAUUGCUUGCUUGAAGCGUGCCAUUCAUAGCCGUCUGUACAUGUGGCGCCAGUUCCAGCGUCAGAUCAGCGCACGCAUUCGUAUCCAGUUCAACUACCUUCUCAGCGAGCGAGGUUUUCGAGGUAAAAUUGAUCUGGACCAUAAAAACCGCAAGGUCCACGUCCAGAUUGAACCCGAUGAGACGCGCAAGAGCUCGUCGGGAAGAAACACAAAGACUCUUUCUGGUGGAGAAAAAUCCUUCUCGUCCAUUUGCAUGCUGCUGUCAGUUUGGGAGGCAAUUGGUUCUCCAAUUCGAUGCCUCGACGAAUUUGACGUGUUCAUGGACAACGUCAAUCGUGCCAUUAGCACAAACAUGCUGGUGGAUGUUGCUCGACGCUCGGUUUCGCGCCAAUACAUUCUCAUCACCCCCAAUGCCAUUGAAGGUCGGGCGAGGUUGGACAAGGACGUCAAGAUUAUUCGACUUACGGAUCCUCGACAACGAACGCUUGAUGAUUUCCGAUAG